UAAAUGUUGUAGCUGCAUUGGUGUUGCAAAUUCCUCAAGUUAAGAUCUGCAAUUUUAAAAACGGAAAAUAGUGAAUUUUUAGUUAGGAGCUUAUAAUAUGUAGUUAAAUUAACCAAUCUACGUUGCAUUUAUCUGGCUCACUAAAAUUAACCAUUCUGAUCAAAAAUGAGAUUAGCCAAUUGUAAUGCAGUGUAGAUCAAGAAGCCUAAUGUUCUUUGUUUACCAGGUUUCUUCAACUUAGUGUCCCUUUUAGAAACGUACUUAAGACACUACAUAAAACUUGAGAAGCUCCUCUUACGUUUAUUUAUCAGGUGAUAAAUGAUAGUCAUAUUUAUAAAUUUCUUCACCUUUUUCCUGAUUGCACAUUCUGUAACACAUGGACCAUACUAAAUAGCUCCUCUGAAUCAAUUGAAUAGAAUUGAAUACAAUGGUCAACCGGUUUCUGGGUAGAUGAUCAUUACUGACUAGCAUCGUUUAUCCUCAAAGUAGUUCAACUUAGUCGGUACGUUAAGACAAUUCUGGGUAUAUCCUCUUAUGUAAAGGGCUUUUUCACUCGCAACGACUGUUCUCGAUUUAAUUUUUGGUCUGAACAUGUAGAUUACAUCGGAUCGACGAAAUACCCAUUCAAUAGUAGUCGUAACAGAUUCUUCUAUUUGAGCAAAAUUAAACCAAAAUAAAUUAAUCAGGGUUAGAACUUACAAGUCUGUAGCUAAACGUUAACUAGCUUUCGCGAACAAAUCUGUGUUUCGGUCCCCCGACGUGUGUUCACUUAUAUGGUUGAGAGGAAGCCUUUGGUGGUUGUUUAAUCAAUAUUUAAAGAGUUUGCAUUUCAGACCAACUGUAACUUGAUAAUCAUUGUGAAUCAUAAAGCACUAACCAAUGGUCAGAAACUUUGGACGGCACGGCUCAAAAUUGUUUGCAAUAGUGCAGGUGCGUUCACUCUUUGUCUUCAAUUAGAUCCUAAGUGUCUAUGAUUUCACUAACUUUUAUUUUCUCAACUUGUAUUUUCGAUGCUUAAUUUUUCUGUUUUUAUCGAUUUUGUUGCUACCUCUGGGAUUCGCCCUGACAAUUUCAUCUCGCUGUACUAGUGUGGUAUGUCAACCUAAUCUCAUGUGCUAGGAUCUACAUUGCGUUUGACUUCUAAAUAGUUCACACCUGUGACAUUAGCAGCGAUUUUCUUAUUUCCACCGCUUCAAAUGACGUGUUCGCUACUAAUUUUAAUAAACGUAUAUACUCUCUUUGUUGAUCGUUAGACGUGUUUUUUUGAUUACCUUUUGUCGAUAUAACAUAAAAGUUGUGUUGUAUACUAUUUCUGUUGCAGUAUUAUGUCUGGCAUUUCACGAGUUGGCAAACUAUUACUACCACGUACUGCUUUAUUGUUAUGUGAUAUACAGGAAAAAUUUCGUCCAACUAUUAGUCAUUUUGAUGCAAUUGUCGAAACGUCUAGUCGGAUGUUAACAGCUGCUCGAAUGCUAGGAAUGCGCAUUGUAGUCACUGAAAUGUACCCUAAAGGUUUAGGUCCUACCGUCAAAGAGUUAGGAGAUUUAAGUGGCAUUCCCAUCAUUUCAAAGAGAUCAUUUUCUAUGCUAACAGAUGAAGUAGCUAAUGUUUUGGAGCUGGGAAAACAAAUCAAUUCUGUUUUAUUAUGUGGUAUUGAGACACAUGUUUGUGUUCAGUCAACUGCAUUAGAUUUAAUUGAACGGGGAAUACAAGUUCAUUGUAUUGUAGAUGCUGUAUCUUCACGAAAUAUGGUUGACAGAAUGUUUGGAUUUCAACGAAUGAGUCAAUCAGGUGUCUAUUUGACUACAUGUGAAUCAGCUUUAUUAACUAUACUCUGUGGUUCUGAUCAUCCUCAAUUUCGUGAUGUUCAAAAGAUUAUUUUAAAGCCUAGCCCGGAUAGCGGUUUAUUAACUGGAUUCAUUACACCAAAAAUUAGCUAA